UCUCUCCUCGUCCGGCAGGGGCGCAGCCAUUUUAAUUCAUAUCUGAGUGGGCGGUGGCGAUUCGCGUUGGCGGUCUGGCUCCGCUGGGCAGGGGGUAACUUUACUGGUUUGGGGUGGUUUUUAGUUUAAUUUUUCUUUUCUAGCUUCGCAUCGCGGGCCAGUUCUUCCUUUCUAAUCAGCUGAGGCCAUGUCAGGAGACGGCGCCCCGGAGCAGGCAGCUGAGUAUGUCCCAGAGAAGGUGAAGAAAGCCGAAAAGAAAUUAGAAGAGAAUCCAUAUGACCUUGACGCUUGGAGCAUUCUCAUUCGAGAGGCACAGAAUCAACCUAUAGACAAAGCACGGAAGACUUAUGAACGCCUUGUUGCCCAGUUCCCCAGUUCUGGCAGAUUCUGGAAACUAUACAUUGAAGCAGAGAUAAAAGCUAAAAAUUAUGACAAGGUUGAAAAGCUAUUUCAGAGAUGCCUUAUGAAGGUUUUGCACAUUGAUUUAUGGAAGUGUUAUCUUUCAUAUGUUCGAGAGACCAAGGGUAAACUGCCAAGUUACAAAGAAAAAAUGGCUCAAGCAUAUGACUUUGCACUAGAUAAAAUUGGAAUGGAAAUUAUGUCUUAUCAGAUUUGGGUGGAUUACAUCAAUUUCUUAAAAGGCGUGGAAGCUGUUGGAUCUUAUGCAGAAAAUCAGAGAAUAACAGCUGUCCGAAGAGUUUAUCAACGAGGUUGUGUUAAUCCAAUGAUCAACAUUGAACAACUCUGGAGAGACUAUAACAAGUAUGAAGAGGGUAUCAAUAUUCAUUUAGCUAAGAAAAUGAUUGAAGAUCGGAGUCGAGAUUAUAUGAAUGCUAGGCGUGUAGCAAAGGAAUAUGAGACAGUAAUGAAAGGUUUGGACCGCAAUGCUCCCUCAGUGCCUCCUCAGAAUACUCCCCAAGAAGCCCAGCAGGUGGAUAUGUGGAAGAAAUACAUACAAUGGGAAAAGAGCAACCCUCUUCGUACAGAAGAUCAGACGCUUAUCACAAAAAGAGUUAUGUUUGCUUAUGAACAGUGCCUGCUUGUACUGGGCCAUCACCCUGAUAUUUGGUAUGAAGCUGCCCAGUAUCUUGAGCAGUCAAGUAAACUGCUGGCGGAAAAGGGGGAUAUGAAUAAUGCCAAGUUAUUUAGUGAUGAAGCUGCUAACAUAUAUGAAAGAGCCAUAAGCACUUUAUUAAAGAAGAAUAUGCUUCUUUAUUUUGCAUAUGCAGAUUACGAAGAGAGUCGCAUGAAGUACGAGAAAGUUCACAGUAUAUAUAACAGACUUCUGGCAAUUGAGGAUAUUGACCCCACAUUGGUAUAUAUCCAAUAUAUGAAAUUUGCAAGAAGAGCAGAAGGUAUCAAAUCUGGAAGAAUGAUAUUUAAAAAAGCAAGAGAAGAUACCAGAACCCGCCAUCAUGUCUACGUUACUGCAGCACUCAUGGAGUAUUACUGUAGUAAGGACAAAUCUGUUGCCUUUAAGAUUUUUGAGCUGGGUCUAAAGAAAUAUGGAGACAUUCCAGAAUAUGUCUUGGCCUAUAUUGACUAUCUUUCUCACCUCAAUGAGGACAAUAAUACCCGAGUUUUGUUUGAACGAGUCUUAACCUCUGGAAGCCUUCCUCCUGAGAAGUCUGGAGAAAUCUGGGCCCGAUUUCUAGCUUUCGAAAGUAACAUUGGUGAUCUAGCUAGCAUACUCAAAGUGGAGAAAAGACGGUUUACAGCAUUCAAAGAAGAGUAUGAAGGCAAAGAAACAGCUUUACUGGUGGACAGAUACAAGUUCAUGGACUUAUAUCCUUGCUCGGCAAGUGAACUAAAAGCACUUGGUUAUAAGGAUGUCUCCCGCGCUAAGCUAGCAGCUAUAAUUCCAGACCCAGUUGUAGCUCCUUCUAUAGUGCCUGUCCUGAAAGAUGAAGUGGAUAGAAAACCAGAGUACCCUAAACCAGACACUCAGCAGAUGAUUCCAUUUCAGCCACGACAUUUAGCACCUCCCGGCUUACACCCUGUUCCUGGGGGCGUGUUCCCAGUGCCGCCUGCAGCCGUCGUUCUAAUGAAACUGCUCCCUCCUCCCAUCUGCUUCCAGGGUCCUUUUGUACAAGUGGAUGAACUGAUGGAAAUUUUCCGAAGAUGCAAGAUACCAAAUAUAGGCUCUGAAAUCAGCCGCGAGGUGUCCCAAAUGCGCGUGCAGAGUCUCUCCCCGGAGCGGACUCGGCAGCACCCCCCGACAGUCCUUUCCGUGUGCUUUGCGCAGCUGUGGAGGAAGCUGUGCGGAUCAUCACGGGGGGCGCCCCGGAGCUGGCCGUGGAGGGGAACGGGCCGGUGGAGAGCAAUGCCGUACUCACCAAGGCGGUCAAGAGGCCCAAUGAGGAUUCCGAUGACGAUGAAGAAAAGGGAGCGGUCGUACCCCCUGUCCAUGACAUCUACAGAGCGCGGCAGCAGAAGCGGAUUCGGUGAAGCGGGCUCCAAGCUGCCUCUGGAAAAAAACUUCUCCAGGAUUCCUUUUUGCCUCUUAAGUCAUAUGUUUAAAAGAAGAGACAAUGCUUUGUUACAAGGUUCUUGGAAACAAAGUUGUAUUGUCAUUGGUGCCUCUAUCAUAUGGUUCUUGAGAAAAAAACCAACCUGUGUGAAUUUUAGAAUAUGGAACAGACCUGUGCUCUAAGCAAAACUAGGUUUUCAAAAAUGUGAGAACAGCACAAAAUGGCAGAACCACAUUUUGUUCCCUCUUCAAGGGUGUCCUGUAUGUGCCGCUUGAAGAUCUGUGAGUUUUCAACAGUUUUAUUUUAAAAACUGGAUGGCUUAUGAUUGUAAAGCAUUUUAUCACAUUUUCUGAAAACAGUUCUCAGUUUGCUUAUGUAGAGUCCUGCCUUAUUGUUUGUUUUUAUUUAUGGCAGAAUGUAUGGAAUCGGUUUUGUAGUUUAAAAUUUUAAAACAAUCCUUUAAAAAAAAUAAAAAGAAAGAUCUCAAAAAUGUCAUGCCUCCUGCUGCUUCCAUUCAGAAUUUAUUUAAAAUAGCUACUUACUUUAUGCAGCCAAUACCAUUUAAAAAUAAAUGCCAAUAAAAAGAAAA